UUGGUUUGGUAGUAGCUACGCUUGUUUGUCGUUUAGAUAAUUCUCCUAAAUCAAUUUAUUUCAAUUAAAAACUAUUCAAAUUUAAUUUUUUAUUUUGUAAAUUUAUUAAAAAAUUGUAUAAAUAAUAAAAAGGUAUAUGAAAUAUGGUGCUCGCAGAGAAGGGGUCUGAAAAUGCACGAAAUGGCAGAAGAUCUCGGGGGCCGAGCCCCAAUGGACAUGUUGUUGCAGAAUCAACUAGUGAAGAUGAAAGUGUGCCAGUUGAUAAGAUUCGUGUUGGACGAGACUACCAAGCUGUAUGUCCACCAUUACAGCCAGUUGAAACAAGGAGGCCCGAUACAUUACAAGAUAGAGCUUUAUUAGUGUGGUCACCAACAGUCGACAUUCCGGAAACAAAAUUGGAUGAAUACAUAACGUUAGCAAAAGAGAAAUAUGGCUACAAUGGUGAACAAGCAUUGGGUAUGCUAUUUUGGCAUAAACAUGAUUUAGAACGUGCUGUACUUGAUUUAGCUAAUUUUACACCAUUUCCCGAUGAAUGGUCUGUUGAGGACAAAGUAUUGUUUGAACAAGCAUUUCAAUUUCAUGGUAAAAGUUUUCAUCGUAUACGACAAAUGUUACCGGAUAAAAGUAUUGCUAGUUUAGUCAAAUAUUAUUACUCAUGGAAGAAAACACGUACGCGUACAAGUUUAAUGGACAAACAAGCACGUAAAUUAACAACACAACGUGAUGGCACAACAAUUGUAGGUGGUGUAGUUGUUUCUGGUGGCGGAGGUGGUGGUGCUACAACUGGUGGUGUCAUAGAUAUAAGUGCAACGUCUGAUGGUAACACAUCAGAUAACGGUGGUGUUGGUACAGGUGGCGGGGGUGGUUCAGCAUCAGCUGAUGAAUCAGAUACAGAUGAUAAGAAUGAGGCAGGAGGUAUUUGUGGAAAUUGUGGAGUUAGCUGUUCCUUAACACAUCAUUCAACAAAGGGUCAACAAUUAUGUCAUUCAUGUUAUCAACAUUGGAGACGUACAGGUACAGCCCGUCCAACAUCUGGUCCAGGUACACAUACUUCAGGUAGGCGUGGAGGUGUUGGUAGUAUACAACGGCAUAAGCGCCGCCCACCACGUGGGAUGUAUAUUAAUCAUGAUGACUUAGUUGCAAUGGCUGCAUCACCACAUGGCCAAUUAAUGUUACGUGCCAUGGAUCGUGAAAUUAUAUCAUUAAAGCGUCAAGUCCAACAUAAUAAACAAAUCAUAAGCACAUUAAAGAAGAAAACAUGCGAUGGUAUACAAGAUCUACAACCAAAUAUCCAACAACAUUUAAACAUAAUAAACAAUACAACAAAUAUCUCAGCGCAACAAUUAACACAACAGACACAAAUCAAUGCUAAAUGGACACAAGAUGAGUUACUAUUAGCGGUACAGGGUGUACGUAAAUAUGGUAAAGAUUUUAAAACAAUAGCUGAUGUGAUUGGUACCAAAAAUGAAGCACAUUUAAAAUCGUUCUUUACCAAUUAUCGUAAACGUUAUCAUUUAGAUGAUAUUAUUAAAGAUUAUGAAUUAGAACAUGGUGUUAUACAGCCUUUAAGUAGUAAUACUGAAAAUACUGAAAGUACUGAAACGGUAACAAAUAAUAACGAUACAAAUGGCAAUAAAAUGGAUAUAGAUACAAAUCAUUCAAAUAUUAAUACUGAUAAUGAUAAUAAAGUUGAAAUCAUGGAUACAACAAUAGCAACAACUACACCAACUACAACAAUUACAGAUUCAACAUCGAAUGGUGUUAGUAAUGUAGAUAAUUUAAAGAAUAUACAAUCAAAAUCUAUUAGUUUACCAUCAAAAUGAUUUUAUAUAAUAUUAUAUUAUUAUAGUUAUAGUUGAUUAUUAACUCAAACGCUGAAAGAAUCGGACAUCAAAAUAUUUAUUCUUUUCUUUCGCUUUUACAUUGAAGUACAACUAAGUCCGUUUAAUCUAUCCACCUAAAAAAUCUUCCCAGGAAAGCUCUCAAAUAAAAUUCUUCCUUUACAAAAGCUUUCGAGCUGGAGGCCGGAGAGGAGGGGGCAACUUACGAUAACCUUACAUUUAAUCUUUUGUUCUGUCUCUUACAGCUUACAAGAUUUUAUGAAUCCAAGAGCCAAACACGCUAUAAAUAUUGUUGAGAUUUUUUUUUCAUUGAGAGCUUUCCUGGGGAGAUAUUUAGUUGGAUAGAUAAAAAUGGCCCACCGUGUAUAUGAUUUUGUUAAACCACCAUUUAAAUUAUAAACUAAAAUACAUAAACUAACAA